UGUGGAUUAAACAAAUUAAGACUGUUAAACUUACCUUGUCCAACAUCUUCAAUGAUCAUUAAACCCUUGUAUUAUUUAUUAUAAGUAUACUUAUAAUGUCCUAAACAACCAUUGAAGAAUGAGUCCAUCAACACCAUCUCUUCCACCUCUGGAAGUGUUGAUGGACCUUGAGAAUGAGAACAAUGGUAGAGAAACCAGAAAACUAUGGGUGUUGAAUCCUCCAGAGCCACCAUGCAUGCUGCAUUGGGUCGCGGACAAUAUCAAGGACAGCGUAUUACAUUGUCCGAAUCUGAACAGAUUCUUUUCUCUCAAACAUCAACCUUUGGAUAAAACAGUGUUACCUUUGUUGCAUGGUUUGUUUCCCAUUCUUAAGUCAUUAAAAAGCUAUGAUGUUGAUAAGUUCAAGUGUGACGUAUUGGCGGGUUUAAUCCUCGCAAUCUUCGCUAUUCCUCAGGCUAUGGGAAAUGCGAGUUUGGCGAAGAUGAGUCCUGAAUAUGGCCUAUAUACAAGUGUUGUUCCGCCUAUUAUUUAUGCUUUGUUGGCGAGUUCGAGGGAGAUAGUAAUAGGACCUGUAACUGUGGAUUCAUUGCUACUUUCUUCAAUGAUUCAAACAUUGAAAGAUCCUGUAAAUGAUCCCAUUGCUUAUACUCAUCUUGUUUUGACUGCAACUUUUUUUACUGGUGUCUUCCAAGUUGCUUUCGGAUUCCUCAGAUUUGGAUUUCUGGUAGAUUAUCUUUCUCAUGCCACGAUAAUCGGGUUCUUGGCAGCAGUUGCCAUAGGCAUUGUAUUACAACAAUUGAAAGCGCUAUUCGGAAUCACCAACUUUACAAACAAAGCCGAUUUAAUCUCUGUGAUUAAAUCUCUUUGGACAUCUUACAUAAACCAAUCAGAAUGGCAUCCUUACAAUUUUAUCAUUGGAUUCUCAUUUUUGUCCUUCAUCAUAUUUACUAGAUUACUGGGGAAAAGGAAAAAGAAAUUCUUGUGGCUAUCACACAUGGCUCCUCUUCUUUCAUUCAUUAUAUCAACUGUUAUAGCAUAUAGAGUAAAUGUUCAUCAACUCAAAUUUGAAGACUAUAAAAUCGAAGUUUUAGGACCGAUCAAAGGAGGUAGUUUGAAUCCAAGUUCACUCAAUCAAUUACAGCUUGAUGGUAAUGGUAAAUAUUUAGGUGCUUUGAUGAAAAUAGCAUUUACAGUUGCGAUUAUUUCAACCACGGAAUCUAUAGCUGUUGCAAGAAUAUAUGCAUCACUAAGAGGUUACAAUAUUGAUCCAAAUAGAGAAGUUCUAUCCUUAGGGAUAAUGAACAUUUUCGGAUCCUUCACUUCUUGCUAUGUUGCAUCAGGUUCUAUUGCUCGCACGGCUGUAAACUAUAACGCUGGUUCGCAAACAACGGUGUCAAGCAUAGUGAUGGCGCUCACGGUGUUGACGUCGCUUAAAUUUUUGACAAAACUGUUAUAUUUCACUCCAAAAGCAAUGCUAGCAGCAAUAAUUCUUUCAGCUGUACCAGGACUUAUUGAUUAUAAAAAAGCAUAUGAAAUUUGGAAAGUUGAUAAAUUAGAUUUUCUUGCAUGUGCUGGAGCAUUCUUUGGUGUGUUGUUUUCAUCUGUCGAAAUAGGCCUUGCAAUUGGGGUCAUGAUAUCAUUUGCGAAGAUAAUUUUGAUAUCGAUUCAACCUGGUGUAACGGUUAUUGGAAGGUUUCCGGGAACUGAUGCAUUUGGCGACGUAGAACAAUAUCCGAUGGUGAUUAACAUGCCCGGAGUUAUGGUUGUUAGUAUAAAAUCUGCAUGGCUUUGUUUUGCAAAUGCAAGUCCUAUAAGGGAAAGGAUUGAGAGAUGGGUGACUGAAGAAAAAGGUGAAAAUGGUAAAGGAGAAAGUACCAUCAAAUUUGUCAUUAUUGAUGCAUCAAGUCUUGUGAGUAUUGACACAGCAGGAAUAGCUUCGCUGGUGGAGCUGAAUAAUAAUCUUAUGUUACAUGGAGUCACGUUAUCCAUUGCUAACCCGAGAUGGCAAGUGAUUCACAAAUUAAGAUUGGCUAACUUUGUAACUGAAAUUGGAGGAAGGGUUUUUCUGUCUGUGGGAGAAGCUAUUGAUGCAAUACUUAGUGCAAAAAUGGCUUCCGUAUAACGAACUUACUGCCCAAAACCCGUGUUUGAAUCUUGAAAAUACUAAAGCUCUUUCUCCUGGAUACGAAAGGUUAACAAACAAACAAAAAAGUUUAUGUAAUUACUAUCUCAAACAACACUAAAGAUUAAGAGAGUCGUCUUAAAUAUAACGAGACAUAAAAUGUACUUCCUUUAGGUUAAAUAAUCAUCCAUUAUCCGAUUUAAUUUUUGAUACAUUUUUUCUUUAUUGUACAAUCUACUUCCUUUGUUCACUAUUAUAAACACACAAAAAAGUGACUGGAGAUAAUUUGUCAUAAAGGGAGAAGAUUGAGAAAAAAGAGAAAUUUUCAGAGAAUCUGAUGAGCUGAAACUUUUUUCAUGACACUGAUAUAUCUCAAGGUUCUUUUUGCAGCAAGGAAAUGUUGUCUAAUCCUACUGAAAAGCUUAUGUUUUACCUUCUUUGACAUAAGUAUUUUAGAGACCAUGCCAAUUUUCUAAACAUGGUAGCAUGCCAGGGCCGGCCCAAGGACCAAGCUACCAAAGCUAGGGCUUUAGACCUCAAAAGUUUGGGCUUAAAAAAGGCCUCAAAUCUUUUUCAUUUAGUUAAAAAUAU